AUGGCGAAGGGGACGCAAUGCAUGGCGCUGCUCGUUCUCCUAACGGUAGCUGCCCGAGCGGCUUCCACCGUCAUGGACGGUGAGGGUCUAUUACCAAAUGGCAACUUCGAGGAUAGACCACACAAGUCCCAGCUGAACGGCACCAUUGUGACUGGUCGCUACUCCAUACCGCGAUGGGAGAUCUCAGGGUUCGUGGAGUACAUGGAGUCCGGACAGAAGCAGGGGGAGAUGAUCCUGCCGGUGCCGGAGGGCGCGUGCGCCGUGCGGCUUGGCAACGACGCCUCCAUCCGUCAGAAGAUAAACGUGACGCGGCGUAGGGGGUACUCCAUCACCUUCAGUGCGGCGCGCACCUGCGCCCAGGCCGAGAAGCUCAACGUCUCGGUAAUAUGGGACUCCGGCUUGCUCCCCAUCCAGACGUUGUACACCAGCAGCGGCUGGGAUUCCUACGCCUGGGCGUUCAAGGCCAAGCACACCGUCGUGUGGCUCACCAUCCACAACCCCGGUGUCGAGGAGGAUCCGGCGUGUGGCCCCGUCAUCGACUCGGUUGCUAUCAAGACCCUUAAUUCUCCCCGCCGCACCAAGAGUAACAUGCUUAGGAAUGGGGACUUCGAGGAGGGCCCGUACAUCUUCCCGGGCUCGACGUGGGGUGUGCUGGUGCCGCCGAUGGGCGAGGACGCCUUCUCGCCGCUGCCGGGGUGGAUGAUCAUGUCGGGCACGAAGGUGGUCAAGUACGUGGACGCGCCGCAGCACAGGGUGCCGCAGGGAGCGCGGGCCGUGGAGCUGGUGGCCGGGAGGGAGACGGCGCUGGUGCAGGAGGUGGCGACGGUGCCCGGGCGCUCGUACAGGAUGGUGUUCUACGUCGGCGACGCGGCCGACGGGUGCGAGGCCGCCAUGGUCGUCCAGGCGUACGCGGCGCGGGCGAGCCAGCAGGUGCAGCAUGACUCCAAGGGCGUGGGUGGGUACAAGCGCGGCAAGAUGGAUUUUGUGGCGGUCGACAAACUCACGCGCGUGGUGCUCCAGAGCAUGAACUACCACAUGAAGCCCGACGGGACGCUGUGUGGACCGGUCGUCGACGACGUCUCUCUCGUCAGCGUUCGCAAGGGCGCAGCUCGCCGGUUAUUCAGGUGA